AUGAGUUUGUCUUCCAGGUUAAGUGAGGAUGUUGAAAAAGAUCAUGGCCAUCACCUUUUAGAAGCAAUUCCUGAGGGACAAAUUAGUUCGAUCAAUAAGACUGGGUUGGAACUUUACGAGAAAGCCCAAGAUGUUUCCGAAGAGGAAGACUAUGAAAUGUACAAGAAGAUUGUACGAAAAUUGGAUUUUCGAAUUGUUCCAUUAUUGUGCUUUACCUAUAUGCUUCAAUUUUUGGAUAAAUUGUCAUUGAAUUACGCAUCUGCCUACACAUUGAUUGAAGAUUUGGGUUUGGAGGGGCAAAGGUAUUCAUGGGUUGCAGCUGUGUUCAAUUUUGGAUAUUUAUUUUGGGCCUAUCCUGGAAACUACAUUAUUCAAAAAUUACCUGUGGCUAAAUAUACAUCAUUCAUGCUCUUUUCAUGGUCAAUCAUAUUGGUUGGCCACGUCGGAUUAAAGAAUUACCCUGGUGCAUUGGUUAUUAGGUUCUUGUUGGGCAUGUUUGAAGCCGGUAUUAGUCCUUCUUGUAUGAUGAUUUGUGGUUCAUUUUACACCAUUCAGCAACAACCUAUUAGAAUGUGUUUGUUUUUGUCAUUUAAUGGUAUUGCAACAAUGUUGGGUGCAUUAUUAGCAUUUGGGUUGGGACACGUUGAGAACGCCACAGUCACUCAGUGGCAAUUGAUUUUUCUUGUCAUUGGAUUAAUCAAUUUCGUUUGGUCAAUCAUCUUUUUUUGGUUUUGUCCUGAUUCGCCCCUGGGUGCCAAGUUUUUGACUGAACAGGAGAGAUCUAUCUUGAUCAAGCAUAUUGCAAAGAAUAAUCAAGGUGUCAAGGAUCAAAAGUUCCAAAAGCAUCAAGCUGUUGAAGCAAUCAAGGAUACAACAGUGUUGAUGUUGGGUGCUAUUGGAUUAGCGUGUGGUGUUAUCAACGGCGGAUCAUCAAAUUUCAUCUCAGCAUUGAUUAGAGGAUUUGGUUUUACUGGGAUUGAAGCUACGGCCUUGCAAUUACCAUUGGGUGCAAUUGAAUUAGUUUUUGUUCUUGUUGGUGGCAUUAUUGCAUUAAAGGUUAAAAACACUAGAUGUAUCGUGCUUUUCGUAUUUUGCAUUGCUCCACUAGGUGGAUUGAUUGGUAUUCAAACAAUACCCUUGGAACGAAGAUGGGAUUUGGUUGGAUGUUCAUUCUUACAAUAUAUCAUUGGAGGUCCAAUCAUCAUGUGUUGGACGUUAUUGAAUGCCAAUGUCUCGGGUAGUUCAAAAAAGACUGCAGCCAAUGGGUUAUGGUUUUUGAUGUAUGCAGCAGGAAAUAUUACAGGAGCCAAUAUCUUUUACGCCAAUCAAGCACCAAAGUAUAGAUCUGGUAUCAUGGGGAUGUUGACAAGUUACUGUGGAAUAAUGGCGUUGGCAAUUUUGAUUCGAUUGGUUUAUAUGAGAAGAAAUAGUUUGAGGGACAAGGAAUUGGGUGAACAAACCGAAGAACAAGCAGAGCAAGCGGUAUUGAAUGGGUUUAUGGGAAUGACUGAUUUUGAAAACAAAGGUUUCAGGUAUUCACUAUGA